CCUUCUUUCAGAUUCUGAAGGCUGUUUUUGGGUUACCAGGUUCUUCUGUUUAGAAUUUAUAUUUUGAAAUUUCUUUUUGUGCUUCAGAUUGUUCAAAAAUAUAAGGGACUCAAAAACAGUAGAUAACAAUAAUUUUGUAAACAAUAACUCUGUUUCACAUGGUAUUAGUAUGGUAAAAUUGGAUGGUGCUGGUUCGUAUCUUACCUGGUCAAGGGCUUGUUUGUUGUUUACUAAAUCCAGGAAGAUGAUUGGUUAUAUUACUGGAGAAAAGAAACAACCUGUUAUGACUGAUGCUACUUACAACCAAUGGGAUUGUGAUAAUUCCCUUGUCAUGACUUGGGUUUUGAGUACUAUGCACACUCGAAUUUCUAAACAAUAUUUGUUGCUUGUCACUGCUGAAAAAUCUGGAAUUCAGCCCAGCGCACUUAUUCUCGCAAGGGAAAUGAUGCCCAGAUUUUUGAAAUUCGAAAUAAAAUUCAUGCGACUAAGCAAGGUGAGUUGACUAUCACUAAUUAUUAUUCCGAGUUAAGCGGAUUAUGGCAGGAGAUUGACUACUAUGAGGAUCUCCAAGCAAAAUGUACUGAUGAUGCAGUUCUCUUUCAACGAUGGGUUGAAAAGGAUAGGAUGUAUUAUUUUCUGGCUAUAAAGUUCCUUUUCCUUCUUUUGAGAAUACAUACUCUUAUGUUCAACAGGAAGAGAGUCGACGAGGGGUCAUGCUUGAUUCCGCACCAAUGGAGAAGUCCGGGUUAGCUGUGUCUCAUGAACAACCAAAGGCGUUCACUUCUGAUAAAGAUCACCUGCACUGUGAUUACUGUGGAAAGCCAAGGCAUACGAAGGAGACAUGCUGGAAACUACAUGGUAGACCAACUAGAGGUCGUGGAGGAAAACGUGUAGGUCCAUCAAGGGUUCAGGCUAAUAUUGCAGAAAUUGUGGAGACAUCCAGGGAAACUGCUUCUGGAGAAGCUUUGUUUUCGGAUGAAAUUCAACAUCUUUACCGUCUCUUGAAUAAACUUGACUCUUCUAAUGUUGCCACUUCUAAUUACGUGCAGUCAGAUGGUAUCUCAACUUUACUAGUCCAGUUAUGUUGUCCACAAUGGAAGAUGGAAAAAUAGUGAGAGGGCUAGCAGGGAUCCCAGAUGAAGGUCCCACGAUAUUGGUGGGUUAUCACAUGCUUAUGGGUGUAGAACUUGUCCCUCUUGUUGAAGAAUUUUUGAGGGAGAGAAAAAUUUUAGUUCGUGGUAUAGCACAUCCAACAUUAUUUUCGCAGCUGACUGAGAAUCAGACAAAUGAAGUCUCGUUCUUAGAUUUGCUGAGACUAUACGGGGCAUCGCCUGUCUCAGCUAGCAACUUCUUUAAGUUGCUUUCAACAAAAUCGCAUGUGCUGCUGUAUCCUGGUGGUGCCCGUGAGGCCUUACAUCGUAAGGGAGAAGAGUAUAAGGUGAUUUGGCCUGAUCAACCAGAAUUCGUCAGAAUGGCUGCACGGUUUGGUGCUACAAUCGUGCCAUUUGGAGUUGUAGGAGAAGAUGACAUAGCACAAUUGGUCCUCGACUAUGAUGACCUGACAAAAAUUCCCAUACUGAGUGAUCGCAUAAGAAAUAACAAUGAACAGGCAGCCAGGAUGGGCGUAAGAUUAAGGGCUGACAUGACAGGGGAGGUCGCCAACCAAACAUUAUAUGUUCCAGGCCUUUUACCAAAGGUUCCUGGACGUUUUUACUACUUGUUUGGAAAACCUGUUCAUACAAAGGGAAGGCAGGAGAUGUUGAAAGACAGAGAAAAGGCAAGAGAAUUGUAUUUGCAGAUAAAAGCUGAAGUUCAAAAUAGUAUGAACUACUUGCUUAAAAAGAGAGAGGAGGAUCCCUAUAGAAACAUCAUCGAUAGGACCGUAUAUAAGGCAUUUUCUGCUACUGUUGAUGAAGUCCCAACAUUUGAAUAUUAGCAGUAGAUUUUAUUGAUUCUUUUGUUUCUUUUUUACAUAUUAGCAUAUAGGAAUUCAUUCAUCAGUGUAAUGUACCAAGGUGAUGGAGGAAUUUCUCUUGUAAUUGCAAAAAUAUACAAGAUGUAAAUACAUAUACAUUGAGUCCAAAUAAGAAAAGAGUCAUAAGAUUCUUACAAAUCUGCUACAUA